AAAUACCAGAUAAUACAUUAUUUUGGUCAUAUUUAUCAAAUCAUUUAUUUCAACGUUCAACACAUUAUUCAAUUAAAUUAAUUCGAUCAUUUCCCGAUCUUAUACAAUGUUGUUCAAUAAAUGAUAAACAAUUAGCUUUACAAUUUUGUAUAAUACCAUCAUUAGAAUAUCAUCGUGCAAAUAUAUCAAUACAAAAUCCAAUAAAUAUUGAAAUAAUUGAAUAUCUUAUUCAAACACUUCCAAAUCUUUUAUUUGAUAUUAUUAUUGAUAUACCAUUAUUAUCAUUAUUUGAUACAUUAAUAUCUUUAUCAUCAUUAUUACCAUCACUUCUUAUUCAUACAUUACCUGCUUUAGGUUGUUUACUUACAUCAACAUCAAAUCGUUUAAAUUUAAAUUUAUCAGAAAAAUUUCUUCAUUUAGUAAUUAAAUUAAUUAAUUCAUGGUCAUUAUCGAAUGAUAGUAUUGAUAAUUUAUGUCAUAUACUUAUUAUACUUUUACAAAAAUGUUCAACAUUUCGACAAAUAUUUUAUGCUAAUUUAUGUCAUUUAAGUUUAUAUGAACGUUUCCAAUUAAUGUUAAAUAAUAAAUUAACAAUACAAUCAUCAGUAAUUGCAAGUAUAUUUGUAUCACUAUCAUAUUAUAAUAAUUCAAAUGAUAAUAAUUUUAAUUAUAAAUUAAUAAUUGAACAAAUAACAUUAUAUAGUGAAAAAAAUCGUUAUAAUCGAUCAUGGUUUGAAUUACUUGUACGUUUAUCAUUAUCUCAACAAUAUCAAGAUAAACGAACACGAUGGAAAAAUUCAAAUAAUUAUAAAAAUCAACCACUAAAUGAAAUUGAUGAUGAAAAUUCAACAAAAUCAAUAUUAUCGGUAACAAAUACUGAUGUAGAAAUUUUUGAAAAUCUUGAUGACGAUGAUGUUUAUUAUGGUGAUGUUGAAUCACUUAGUGAUGAUAUACCAAUAGAAAAAGUUGCAAAACAAAAUCAAACAAUUUAUUCAAAUUUAAUUCUUUUUCCAGAAUUAGUUAUACUUGGAUUAAAAAUUACUUGGCAAAAUGUUGAUAAUGAAUGGUGUGAUCAACAAACUACAAAUAAAACAUCUAUUUAUGUAAUAAAUCUUGUUACCUACUUAGAACUAUUAUCAUCAUUAGUCCGUGCAAAUAGUUAUAAUUGUAUUGUAUUAAAACGAUUAAAUAUCGAUGGUUAUCUAUUUACUUGUCUAACAAAAAUUGUUCCUCGUUCAUCAUUUACACAAAAAGAUGCAUUAAUUUCAUUAAUAAUAACACUUUUACAAUUUUUAUGGUCACAAUCUAUAACAGUUAAUCAACUUGAUGAAUGUUUUAAACUUAUAUUAAUUCAUCGAUCAUUAGUUGGACCAUUACUUCGUUUAUUUAAACAUCUUGUACAAGAAAUUGAUUCAAAUCAACCACGUUCAUUUUGUUCAAUGCCAUUAUCAUCAAUAGUUACAUCAAAAGGUGGAAAUAAUUUACGUUUAACACUUGAUCAAUUAUUUUUAUUAAAAUAUCCUCAAAUAGAAAAUAAUCAAAUAAAUUCAUCUAUUAAUUAUAAUAAUGUUCGUCAAUCAGCUUUUGUUACUGAAACAUUAAAAACGAUUCAAUUUCAUUUUCCAUUAUCAAUUGCUAUAUGGUUAAAAGUUAAUUAUCCAUAUGAUAAACAUGAAACAAAUGAUGAAAAUCAAGAUGAAAAUGAAGAAUCGAUUAAAAAAGAUUAUCGACCUAUGUUACAUAUUCUUACAUUACAUCAUGAAGGUAUUCAAUUACAAUUUUGGUUAGAUUCAAAACCUAGUAUUUGUUUCAAAAUUGUACAAUUAUCAUCAACAUCAGAUCUACAACAACUCGUUGAUUAUAAUAUUCGUCUAUGUAAUCUUCCACGUGAAUCUUGGUCUCAUGUAUUUCUUACAAUAUCAAAAAUAACAAAUACAGUUCGUGUAUGUCUUAAUGGUCAAACAUCUCUAGCUAAAAAUUAUUCCAUACCUCAAUUAUAUUCUUCAAAUUCAACAAAACCAUGGUCAAUUUCACUUGGACAAGAAUCAUUAGAUACAUGUACAAUAUUUUAUUAUGAUCUUGGAAGUAUUCUUCUUUUUGAUAGAGUUGAUUUACCUAAUGGAAUCAAUAAUGAUUGUAUUCCAACAUAUUUAUUUAGUUUGGGUUCAGAUCAUUGGCAUUUUUUAACAGGUGGUCAUCAACAACAAUUACUUGUUAAUUAUUGGAUAUAUCAAAGAUUUACUCGUGUUCAUCCAUCAAUGCCUAUUGAUCAAUUUGAAAUUGAACAAAAUUCAUGGCAUACAGUAUUAAAACGUUCACUUUUAGCUUCAUAUUCAUCAAAUAAUCCAUGGACAUUAUUUAUAUUUAAUACAAAUAAUGAUAUAAAUGAAGAUAAUAUACCAAGUCGUUUUAAUAAAAUUUUACCAUUUCGAUCAUCAUCAUCAUCAUCAUCCUUAUCAACAACAUCAUCAAUAAUAGCAAAUGAUGAUAAUUUAUUAACAACAACAACAACAAUUUCUUUACCAUCGAGAAUUUCACUUGAACAAUCAAGUAAUAUUCUUAAUAUAUGUGAACAAUUAGGUGGAAUAUUAAAUUUUAUUUAUUUAUUUGGUAAAGUUGUUGAAAUAAAUACAUAUCCAUCAUCAUCAUGUAUUUGUCAUAUAAGUGAUAUUAUAUUUACAUCAAUAUGGAAAGUAAAAUCUUAUUAUGAUUUAUUUAAUUCUCUUGAUGGUUAUCGUUUAAUUGUUAAAAUAUUAACAACAAAUGAAUGUACACGUCAUAUAUCAAAUGUAUUUUAUGAAUUAUUAAUUAAUAAAUGUAUUAUAUUAAAUCAACAACGUUUAUAUGAUAUAAAUUUAUUUUGUUUUAUUUUACUUGAAUGGAGAAUUUGGUAUAAUCAUUCAAAAAUUUUUUAUCUUAUAUUAAAAUCUUUUGAUGAUUUAUUAUCUGAUCAAAUUAAUUCAAAAUAUUUUUAUGUUAAUAGACAAUUAUUUAAAACUCAUUUUACACUUGAACAUUUCUUAAUAUUAUGUCAAGAAAUAAUUGAAGAACAACAAGAAAUAAUUAUUGAUAAAAAAUUAACUGAACUUUUAGUAAAUAUUAUUGAAGCUUUAGUUGAAAAUGAUAUAAAUAUUAUUGCAUUAUUAAUGAAUUUUGUUUUACUUAUACAUCCAUUAAUUAAAACUUAUGUUACAUAUAAUAAAGAACAUUUUUAUUUUAUUACAAAAUCAUUUAAUUAUUAUCAAACAAGAAAAAUAUAUCAAAAAGAAAAUUUAAUUAAACAAAUUCAUAAUAAAAAUAAUUUAAAAACUUCCCAUCGAAAACGUGCAACAACUCUUCAUCCUGAAGAACAAUCGGAAAUAUAUCCUGUUAAUAAUGAAAAUUCAAAUGUUCGAAAAUCAUAUUCAUAUUCAGAUUUAUUAUCAUCAACAAUAUCAAUUGGAAGUGAGAGUGACACAUAUAAUAAUCGUCGUGUAUAUCAUAAAACUAUAUCAUGUAUACCGACAACAUCAAAAUCACCAUCAACAACACUUAAUAUUGAAUCAAAUUUAAUAGGAAAUAAAGAUUGUUCUCAUAAUAUUGAUUAUCUUUCAACUGGUAUUUUACGAUUAUUAACAAAUAUAGCUUUAACAGCAUCGGAUCGUUUAAUGAUGAAAUUAAUUGAUCAUGUAUUUCGUUUAAAUAUUUUAAUUGUUCUUUUACUUGAUGCAUCCAUGACUAAACGUAUUCAAUGUAUAAAAUUACUUGAUAUUAUUUUAAAACGUAUGGAUAAAGAUAAAGUACAAAAUGAUGUAUUAAGAGCUGAUUUACAUACAAUGUUAGCUAAUCAAAUAUAUCAUCAAUUAGAUGGACGUGAUGAUGAAAAAGAACUUGUAGAAAUUUGUGUUUCUAUUGCAUUACAACGUCCUAUUCAAUUUGAUAUUAAGUUAAGUCUAUCAGAACAAAUUCAUGAUACUGAACAAUAUUUUUCUAUUCUUUCUUCUUCACCACCAUGUCCACGAUCUCAAAUUGGUUUUGCUUUAGUACUUUCAUUUAUCGAAAAAUUAACUCUAACAAAUAUUUAUUUAUGUGAAUUAAUUCUUAAAUUACUUGAUCAAAUUAUAUUACAAUCAUGUGAUGAAAAUCGACAUUUUCUUGUUGAUAUUGGUGUAACACAAGUACUUUUUAAUACACUUUCAUCAGCUAUAUCUAUUUCACAAGAGAAAAUAAUAAUAUGUGUACAAAAAUGUUUUAAUUCAUUAAUAACAACUAUGUUUACAACAAGUAUUAAUGAUGAUAUAUCAUUUAUAUCAAUUAUUAAUAAUAUUGUGGGAAUGAUAAUGAUGAAUGAUGAUAUAGAUGAUAAAGAUUGUUCUAAAAUGUAUCGACGUAUUUUUCAUCAAACAUUAUCUAAUAUGCUUAAUUCAAUACUUGAUUCAAUUGAAAAACUUCGAUCACAUGAUAUAAUAUCAUAUCAAUCAAAAUUACAACGAAAUAAUCUUGUUGAUAUUAAUUUAAAUUUAAAAACAAUUGAAUAUUCUGAUAGAUUUCGUAAAUUUUUACAAUUAUCACUUGAUUAUAUUUAUUUAUUUCAUAAUGAAUGUUCAUUAUUUGAAAUUUUUACAUUACAUUUAUUAGAUAUAUGUUUACUUGGUAUUGCAUAUCUUAUUGAAAAACGUUCAAAUUUUAUAAAUACUCGUCAUCAAAUGUCAUUAAUUAUGUUUCGUUGUGGUGAUGUUAUUAAACAAAUAGGACAAAAAUUAUUAACUAUAUCACUUGAUCCUGAUAAACAACGUUUUAUUUUUCGUAUACAAAUAUUAAAACAUAUUAUUGAUCAACCAAAUUCAAAAGCAAUUAUGGAAUAUCUUUUAAUUAAUGAUAUACAAUGUUAUUUAUAUCAUCAAAUACUUAUUUAUUUACAAAUAAUUUCAAAUACAAUACCAAAAGAUUCGGAAUUUGAACAAAUUAAUAAUCAAUAUCAAAAUUUAUAUGAACAACCAAGAAAAUCAGUUGAUUCUGGACAUUCAACAAUAACAACAAUUAUGAAUAAAAGUCAAAUAUUAUCAAAUGGAGAAGAUUCAUCAUCACAUACAAUACAUAUAUCAUCAAAAUUAAAUUCAACAAAACAAACACCAUGUCCAACCAAAAUUAAAAUUUCGAAUGAAAAAGUAUCAACAACAGAUGAAGAACAUAAUGUUGAUCAACUUUCUAGUUCAACAACAACAACAGCUGAUGAACAAGAAAUAGAAAGAACAAAAAGUUUUGAUCGAUCAUCAUCACCUUCAUUUUCAAUUUCAUCUGUUAGUAGUGAAUUAACAUCAUUACAAUUAUUAUCGAUCGAUAAUUAUCAAAAGAUUAUUAAUUCAUUUCGAGAUCUUAUGUGUACAAUUAAUAUUCAAUCAUUAACAGCAAAUGAUAAUAAUGCAGCACAACGACGAGCACUUACUGAAUAUUUACUUUCGUCAUCACCAACAACACAAUUUUUAAUAUCUAUACAAACGUAUAACUUUGAUUUAGCUUCUCCAACGAGUCAUCAUAGUUCUCGAUCUAUAAUACUUCAACGCCGUUCAUUUGAUUGGUCACAAUCUGCAUCUUCAAAUGGCACUCAAUUACGAAAUCGUAGCAACAAAUCAGUUUCACCCAAUCGUUUUCAUCGUCGUUCAUUGGAUACUCCAUCUCCUUCACCUGUAUUAGUUGAUUGGUCACCAAUUGUUGAAGAAAAACGUCUUGAUUAUAUAAAAACUCUUAAUCAAACAAUUGACGCAAUACAACAACGUUUAAUAACAGUACAAAAAAGUGCAUUAGAAAUAUUUACAAAUGUAACUAUAUCAACAAUAACAGCGCGUGCUAUGGAAAUAACACAAGAUGUUAUAAAUCUUCAAGGUUUUGAACGUAAAAAAUAUCUUGAACAUCUUCGUUUAACACAAAGUCUUGAUCUACGUAUAAAACAUUUAUGGCAUCAAUUAAUAUCACAAUUAACACAUGAAUAUGGUGUUUGGUUUGAACCAUUAUCAUAUCCAAAAUUUUGGGAACUUGAUCCAACAGAAAAUCCGCAACGUGAACGUCGUCGUUUACAACGUUCAUAUUGUUUAAUGGAAAAACGUUUUUUACAACCUCAAAUACCUGAUGAAAUACUUGUUAAUCCUCCAUUAGCUUAUUUAUUUGAUACACGUCAUUAUCAAUCUGUUAAUAUGCAAACAGUUCUUUAUCGUAAUGAAAAAAUUGAAUAUCAAUGUCGUUGUAUGAAUGUAACACCAAAUAAUGAAAUUAAAGGUGAAUUACUUGUUGGUACAACACGAAUUUAUUUUGUUGCUGAUGAACAAUUAUCAUUAUUAACAAAAACAAAAAGUAUUAAUUCAGCUAUGUCAACUAUUGGUUAUAAUUAUCAUUCAUUUAAUGAUGAUUCAAAUUCAUUUUCAUUUGCUAUUGAUGAUAUAUGUGAAAUGUAUAAAAGACGUUAUAUGUUAAAAGAUGUUGCACUUGAAUUAUUUUUUAUAAAUGGCAUUACAUUAAUGAUUGCACAUGUUUCAAUUAAUGAUAGAGAAAAUCUUUAUCGUUUAUUAACUAAACGUAAUUUAAUACAUUUUAAACAUGGAGAAACACUUAAUGAAGUACAAACAUCAUGGAAAUAUGGUCAAAUGACUAAUUUUGAUUAUUUAAUGCAAUUAAAUAAACUAGCUGGACGAACAUAUUUAGACUUAAUGCAAUAUCCUGUAUAUCCAUAUAUAGUUGCAACUUAUGAUACUUCAAUACUUGAUUUACGUUCACCAUCAAACUAUCGUAAUCUAUCUAAACCUAUAGCAAUUCAACAUGCUGAAAAAGAAGAAAAAUUUAUUGAUAUAUAUACUGCUUUAAAAGAUGCUCAAAAUCUUGCUCUAUCAUGUCAACAAGAAAAUGAACCACAACAACAACAACCAUCAUCAAUAUUUGGUCAUCAAUCUGAUCCAUAUAAUUUUGCUUCAUUAUAUUCUAAUUCUGGCAUUGUUCUUCAUUAUCUUGUACGUCUUUUACCCUAUACACGAAUGUUUCUUGAUUAUCAAGAUAAUAAUUUUGAUUGUGCUGAUCGAACAUUUCACGAUGUUAAAACAUCAUAUUGGUUAUCAUCAUUUGAAUCAACAUCAGAUUUUAAAGAAUUAAUACCAGAAUUUUAUUAUCUACCAGAAUUUCUAUUAAAUAAACAAGGUUUUGAUUUUGGUAAAAGACAAAAUGGUGCACAAGUAUCUGAUGUUACUGUACCAGCAUGGUCAAAACGUAAUGUUCGUUUAUUUGUAUAUGCUCUUCGACAAGCACUAGAAUCUGAUUAUGUAACUACACAUUUACAUCAAUGGAUCGAUCUUAUAUUUGGAUAUAAACAAACAGGAAAAGUAGCUGUUGAUGCAAUAAAUGUAUAUCAUGCUGCUUGUUAUUAUGGUUUUCCAAUUGAAAAUAUAAAUGAUCAAUUAACUCAAAAAGCUUAUUAUGGAAUUGUUCGUACAUAUGGUCAAGUACCAAAACAAUUAUUUUUUCAUUCACAUCCAUCAGUUAGUACAAGUAAUUCAACAUUAUCUUUAACAUCAAAUUCAAAUGGAAAUGAUAAACGUAAUAGUGAACGUAGUGUAUUUGAAUCAAAAUUACCAAUUGAAAGUAUUCAUCGUCAAAUAAUUGGUAUACGUUGGGGAGAUUUUAUUGGUUCUUAUGAUAUGCCAUCACCAGAUUAUAUUAAAAGUUAUGAUUGUCCAGUACAAGUAUCAUCAUUUGCUGUACUUAAUACAAAUUCAUAUAUUAUUUGUUUACCAUCAUCAUCAUUAAUUAUAUAUAAUGAACAAAUAUUACAUGAAUCAAUUAAUGAACAAAAUAAUUUAUCACAAUUAAAUCCAUUAACAAUGACAUUAGAUACAAUGAUUGCAUUAAAAUGGAAUACACCUGAUUGUAUUGUACGUUGUCGUACAUUAAAACAAUUCAAAACUUGGUAUAAUUUUCUUGUACCUAUUGAUGAUCAAGAUAAAAUAACAUGUUGUACAUCAAUUGAUUAUCGAUUAUUAUUUAUGGGAAAAACUUCUGGUUUAAUUGAAAUUUAUCGUAUUCAACGAAAUAAAAAUACACCAACUGGUAUUGAAUUAAUUAAACGUUAUUUACCAUUCAUUGCACAUCGUUCACCAAUUACUUGUUUAUAUACUAAUCGACAAUUUAGUUUAUUAAUUAGUGCAAGUGCUGAUGGAAUGUUAACUUUAUGGGAUACAAAUCGUUUAUCAUAUGUUCGAACAUAUAAACAAGAUAAUCAAACAAUUUAUCAUUUAACAUCAUCUGAAACAACCGGUGACAUAGCAUAUUUAUCAUCCAGUGGUAGUCAAUGGCAUCUAUCCUAUUUAACAUGUAAUUGUGAUUUAAUUGGUUGUUUAACAUUUUUUGAACAAUUAAAUUGUUUAUGUUUUACAUCAGCACCUGAAGGAACAUGUGUUAAUGUUCUUUUAGGUGGUUUUGAAAAUGGUAUUAUAUCAAUGUGGUCAACAUGGGAUUUAACAUUAUUACGUCAACUUAGUUUUCCUCAAUUACAUUCACAUGCAAUUAUUGCAAUGUGUAUACCAAAAUUUGAUCGACGUCGAUUAUAUGUUGUUGAUCGUGAUCGUCAUUUACAUACUAUUGAAAGUCGUUCAUCAUCAUCAUCAUCGACUAUACUACCACAAAUUCUAUUUCUGUCAUAA